AUGGCUACCGAUAAGGGACUCGAGGAUAUCCCCGAGGGACAGAUCGAGUCUAACUACGAUGAGACCGUCGACUCCUUUGACGAGAUGAACCUGAAGCCCGAGUUGCUUCGCGGUAUCUACGCUUAUGGUUUCGAGCGCCCCUCUGCUAUCCAGCAGCGCGCCAUCAUGCCCGUCAUCAAGGGCCACGAUGUCAUUGCUCAGGCUCAGUCCGGUACUGGCAAGACUGCCACUUUCUCCAUCUCCGUCCUCCAGAAGAUCGACCCCACCCUCAAGGCCUGCCAGGCUCUUAUCCUCGCCCCCACCCGCGAGCUUGCCCAGCAGAUUCAGAAGGUCGUUGUCGCCAUCGGUGACUUCAUGAACAUUGAGUGCCACGCCUGCAUUGGUGGUACCUCUGUUCGUGAUGACAUGAAGGCCCUCCAGGACGGCCCCCAGGUCGUCGUCGGUACCCCCGGCCGUGUCCACGACAUGAUCCAGCGUCGUUUCCUCAAGACCGACAGCAUGAAGAUGUUCGUCCUUGAUGAGGCCGAUGAGAUGCUUUCUCGCGGUUUCACCGAGCAGAUCUACGACAUCUUCCAGCUCCUCCCCCAGAGCACCCAGGUCGUCCUUCUCUCCGCCACCAUGCCCCAGGACGUCCUUGAGGUUACCACCAAGUUCAUGCGCGAGCCCGUCCGCAUUCUCGUCAAGAAGGACGAGCUUACCCUCGAGGGUAUCAAGCAGUUCUACAUUGCCGUCGAGAAGGAGGAGUGGAAGCUCGACACCCUCUCCGAUCUCUACGAGACCGUCACCAUUACUCAGGCCGUUAUCUUCUGCAACACCCGCAGAAAGGUCGACUGGCUUACCGACAAGCUUACUGCCCGUGAUUUCACCGUCUCCGCCAUGCACGGUGACAUGGACCAGGCUCAGCGUGACCUGAUUAUGAAGGAGUUCCGUUCCGGUUCUUCUCGUGUCCUGAUCGCCACCGAUCUCCUUGCCCGUGGUAUCGACGUUCAGCAGGUUUCCCUCGUUAUCAACUACGAUCUCCCCGCCAACCGCGAGAACUACAUCCAUCGUAUUGGUCGUGGUGGUCGUUUCGGUCGUAAGGGUGUUGCGAUCAACUUCGUUACCGCUGACGAUGUCCGCAUGAUGCGCGAGAUCGAGCAGUUCUACAGCACCCAGAUUGAGGAGAUGCCCAUGAACGUCGCUGACCUCAUCUAA